AUGUGGAAGGAGCACAAGGAUGUCCAGCCGCGGCACGUGGUGAUGCUCCGAUUCGUGGACGGGGAGGGCGCCGUGAGUGGCGCCACCUGCCGGCUGCUGGAGACGCUGCGUAUCCGCGCCAAAAGCAGCCAGCAGAAGGGGGAGAAGCACGUUCAGACGCUGCUGGCCAAGUCUAGGUUGGGCGCUGUGCUGUUGCAGCAGGGCCUCCGAACGGAGGCGGAGCCUUUGCUCCGUGAGCUGCUGGCGGCCUGCGAGGAGACCUGCGGCUCAGGCCACCCCAGGACGCUGAGCGCGGCGCACAGCCUGGCCCGCCUCUCUGUGGAGCAGGGCGAGCUUGCAGAGGCGAAGCGCCUGCUGCGGCGCGCGGUGAAGGACAGCCGAAAGAAAUCCACGGAGCCCAACGACGCGUCGCCGGAUUCCGGGGCCGACAUGGCCUCAGCCGCCUCGGCGGCUGAAACCGCUUCCGCCGCGCUGCUUUGCGCGGAGGAAUUGGGUGCCUUGCUGCAGCAGCAGGGAGAGCUUUUGGAGGCGGAGGAGCUGUUCCGGCGUGUGCUGAAAGGCCGCGGCGAGGCGAAGGGUGCGGGGCACCCAGAGGCGCAGCAGGCGGCCAAGCGCCUGGUGGCCCUGUUGCAGGAGCAAGGGGAGUUCCUGGAGGCGGAGAAGCUGCUGGGGCAGCAGCUGCGCCUCGCCGAGGAGCAGCUGGGCGCCUGGCACCCCUGGACGCUGAGUGCCUGCCAUGAGCUGGGAUGCUUCCUCCAGUCGCGAGGGAAGCUCUUCAAGGCCUCCGAGCGACACCGCCAGGCCCUCGCCGGGCGUGAGGACCAGCUGGGCGCCAUCCACCUGGAGACGCUCGGCUCGGCGCAGCAGUUGGCCAAGGUUCUGCAGGACCAGGGCCGCCUCUCUGAGGCGGAGGACUUCUACCGCCGGGCCCUGCAGGGUCAGGAGGAGCUGGGCCACGUGUCGGCGCUGAGCGCGUGCUGCGACCUCGCCCAGUUCUUCCGGUCCGCCGGGAAGUUGGCCAAGGCCAAGAGCGUGGUGGAGAACCUCGCCGGUCAACUGCAGAACUUGGGCAAGCUGGCGGAGGUGGACGAGCUCUACCGCCGCGCCAUCCAGCGCUCCGAGGAGCAGCUAGGAGCCACGCACCCGUCGACCCUGGCGCUGGUGAGCCACCUGGCGGUGCUGCUGCAGGAGCAAGGCAAGACGACAGAGGCCGAGUUCCUGCAGAGGCAAGCACUCCGGGGUCAUGAGAAGGUGCUGGGCCCUUCGCAUCCAGAGACGCUGCUGGCAAUGAGCCACCUCGGCCAGUUGUGCGCACUGCGGGGGAAUUUGGCGGAGGGCGAGAAGCUGCUGGGCCGCGCGCUGUCGGGUCUGGAGGAGCAGCUGGAUGCCUCGCACCCCCACACCCUGCGGGCGGUGGACCACAUGGGCUGCUUGCUGCAGGCCCAGGGCCGGCGGGCGGAGGCCGAGAAGUUCUUCAAGCGGGCGCUGCGAGGCCGGGAGAAGCUGCAAGGCCCGGAGACCUCGGAGUCCCUGGAGCACCUCGCGGUCUUCAUGCAGGACCAUCCGACAGAGGCGGAGGCGCUGUGGCGUCGCCUGGUCCCCGGCGGAAGCGGCGCCAACGAUCAAGGCGCCUCGCCGGCGCCGCCGGCGCUGCGCGCGGCCAAGGGCCUGGCGCGGAACCUGCGGGCGCAGAACAAGCCGGAGGCCGCAGCGGCAGCCAGAGACUUCGCCGCGCGCUUGCAGGAGCAGGGCGCCUGCGCGGCGGCGGAGAAGUUGCUGCGCGAGGUGCAGGUGGAGUGCAGAGAGCAGCUGGGGGAGCAGCACCCCAGCACGCUGACGGCCCGCUUCGACUUGGCGGAGCUGCUGCGGAGCUGCGGAAAGGGGGCGGAGGCCAAGGAGAUGCUACGUGAGGUGGUGAAAGGUCGACAGGAACAGCUGGGUCAGCGGAACGUCGACUGCUUGCGGGCGACACGGAGCCUGGCGCAGCUACUGCGGCGCCAGGGCGAGCUGCCGGAGGCCGAGAUGCUGCUGCGCCGGGUGCUGGAAGGCUACGAGUGCCUGGAGCCCCCGAUGCCGGAGGAGGUUGAGGUGGCGGAGGAGCUGGCCGACCUCUUGCAGCGCCGGGGCAAGUUGGCGGAGGCGGAGGAGCUUUACCGCCGUGGCCCCCCCACCAAGCCGAGCCGCCGGAAGCUGGCGAACACCCUGCGGGCCCAGGGCCGCCUGCCCGAGGCGGCGGAGCUCUGCCGAGAACUGGGGGAGCCGAAGGACCUCGCGGCGCUGGGGGCGAUGCUCCAGGAGCAGGAGAAGCUGGAGGAGGCUGAAACCGUGCAGCGCCAGGCCCUGCAGGAGCGGGAGAAGGAGUUCUGCAAGACGCACCCCUUUACUCUGCAGAUCUGUGUUCAGCUGGCGGCCACUCUGCAGCAGAGGGAUCAGCCCUUUGAGGCGGAGCUCCUGAGCCGCCGCGCACUGGCGGGCGCGGAGGCGGAGCUCGGGGUGCUGCAUCCGGAGACCUUGGGCUACGUCCACAGGCUGGCGAAGGUGCUGCAGGCCCAGGGCAAGACCUCGGAGGCGGAGGAGCUGCAGGAGCGGAUGAUGCAAGACAGCAACCUCACGUCGCUGAGCCACCUGGGGAAUCUGCUCAAGGAGCGCGGCAAGCUGCAGGAGGCGGAGGCCUUGCUGCGCCGGGUGCUCCGCGAGCGCAAGCAGCUGGAGCCCUUGCAUCUGGAGACCUUGGCCUCCGCCUGCCACCUGGCAGCGGUGCUCGAGGCACAGAAGCCCAAGGAGGCGGAGAAGUUGCUGCGGGAGGCCUUGGAAGGCUACGAGCAGCUGGACCCGCACCACGGGCAAGCGCUGGAGGCGCUGAACAGCUUGGCCAAGCUGCUGCAGGCCAAGGGCCGCAGAGAGGAGGCUGAGGAACUGCUGCGGCGGGUGUUGACGAAGCGCGAGGACCAGCUGGGGGCGAAGCACCUGCAGACGCUGCUGGCGCUGCGGAAGCUGGCAAAGAACCUCCGCAGCCAGAAGAAGCUCAAUGACGCCGAGGAGCUCCAGUGGCGAGCUCUGGAGGGCUACGAGCGGCAGCUGGGGGAGUCCGCGGUCGAGACGCUGCGUGUGGGCGUGGAGCUGGCUUCGCUGCUGCAGGAGCUGGGCGAUCUGCGGGAAUCCGAGCGCCAGUGGCGGCGUGUGCUGGAGGGCCGGGAGAAGCUGGGCGCGGAGCACGCAGACACGCUCACCACCUGCUAUUCCCUGGCGGUGCUGCUGGAGUUGCGCCAGGACCCACGGGACGAGGAGGAGGUGGAGCAGUUGCUGCGCCGCGCGCUGGAAGGCCGGGAGAAGCUACGUGGGCCCAUGCACGAAGAGGUCCUCGAAGUGGUGCGCCGCCUGGCGGCCUUCCUGGAAGCCCACGGCGAGAUGGCGGAGGCCGAGAGGCUCUACAUCAGAGAGCUUCAAGCUGUGGAGGAGCUGCAUGGGGCGAGCCAUAAGAAGACCAAGCAGAGCCGCAAGAAGCUCGAGGAGUUUCUCAGGAGUGUGCGGGAGAGCUAUCCGGACAGAGAGGACAGUAACGGCAGCAGAGACGGCAGCAGAGGCGGCAGCAGAGACCGUAUGUCCGUGGACAGCCGCGGCAGCCGCGGCAGCCGCGGCAGCGGAAGCCGCAGAAGCCACGGAAGUCGUGGCUCAGAAGAGGCCCCGGACUCUGACGGCGGGCGAUCGAGGAAGGUCUCGAUUGCGCCAUCCUUUUACCAGAAGGCGAUCGAUGACGAUGACCUCAGCGACACCUAUGCCGCCCCGGCUCCAGACCAGCCCGAGGAUUCCGACGGCGAAUACGAGCCCCCUUCCAGAAAGGCCUCCCUGGGGCCCUCUCUGUACCAGGAGGCACUGGAGCCCGAGGACUACCAGACCUCCGAAGUCUGCGCGGACACGGAAGAGCACAGACCGCAGGCCAAGGUGCAGGAAGACGAGGGGGAUUCUGGCUCAGAGCCUUCCAGAAAGGCCUCGCUGGGGCCCUCCCUGUACCAAGAGGCGCUGCAGCCUGAGGACGAGCUCUCCGUGCAUUCCCACGCCUCGGUUGGCCAUUGCGAGUGA